AUGUGUUGUGAGAUUUCUCUCUUUUCUCAUCAAACCUGUUGAGAAACUCGAGACAGACCAACCUAGACUAAGCUACUUUGACUAAACUAAACUUCAAGCUAAAACUCAAGAUGAGUGACCGAGGUGCAUCGCCAGACCAGCCAGGCUCAGUGUUUAAUGAUCUCCGUCUGGAGGGCCACUUUUGUGAUGCAGUCAUAAAAGUCGAUGAUGUGGAGUUUCCCAUCCACAAGAUCAUCCUGUGUCAGUGCAGCCCAUACUUCCGAGCUCUCUUCAUACGCUGGUCAGCCCCAGAUAAAAAGGUCUACAACAUCCCGGGCCUGUCUCCUGACAUGAUGCAGAUCAUCAUCAAGUUUGCAUACACCGGCUCUCUCUCUGUGACAGAGGACAAUGUGCAGGAGCUGCUGAUAGCAGCCGAUCAGUUCAACAUAAAAGACAUAGUACGAGCCUGCUGCGACUUCCUGGGGGAGCAGCUCUGCCCAGAGAACUGCAUCGGCAUCUGGCAGUUCACAUUCUUCUCCUGCUUUGAGUUGCAGAGAAAGGCCUACCAGUUUAUUCUCGAUCACUUUGAGGAGGUUGUUUCCGGUGAAGAGUUUCAGGAUCUCACUGUGCAGGAACUCAGUGACAUCCUUGAAAGAGACGACCUCAAUGUGAGCGAGGAGACUACUGUGUUCGAGGCUGUCCUUCACUGGAUCGCCCACAGACCUGAAGAAAGACAAGCACACCUGCUUGUACUCUUGUCUAAGGUCCGGCUGGCCUUGAUGAGUCAGGAUAACCUUUGGACCACUGUGAUUUCCAAUGAGCUGGUAAAAAGCAACGCUGAGUGCUUUCAAAUGGUGAGGGGGAUCAUGGACAACAAAGACCAUCUCGUCUUACCUGCACCGGUCAUGCGCGACCCUUGCGCUCGUCCUCGCCUGCCUAACACCAUCCUGUUGGCCAUGGGAGGCUGGAGCAGAGCUGGUCCAAUUAACAGCAUCGAGGCGUAUGACAUCCGUGCUGACCUCUGGAUCAACCUGACAAACAAUCAGGAGCCCCUUCAUGCCUAUCACGGCUCUGCCUUCCUCGACGGGUAUGUCUACUGUGUCGGUGGCUUUGGCGGGGAGGAGCAUUCCAACAGUGUUCGCAGGCUGGACCUGAGCACCCACACCUGGCAGGAGGUAGCACCAAUGCACUUCCGCCGCUGCUAUGUGUGCAUCACUGUGCUGGACGGAUGCAUCUAUGCAAUGGGAGGUUAUAAUGGGUAUGUCCGCCUCCAGACUGCAGAGUGCUACAGGCCUGACACCAACCAGUGGAGCGUCAUUGCACCCAUGCAUGAGAGCAGGAGUGACGCCAGCUGCACAACACUCAACAAUAAAAUCUACAUUUGUGGAGGUUUCACUGGGAAUGAGUGCCUUGAGACGUGUGAAUAUUACAGCCCAGAAACCAACCAGUGGACUGUGAUCGCCCCCAUGAGCAGCCAGCGCAGUGGAGUUGGCGUCACGGCAUAUGCAGACCGCGUCUUUGCGGUUGGCGGCUUCGACGGCAGCGCCCGUCUGAGCAGCGUUGAGGCUUACAAUCCCCACACCAACACCUGGCAGGAGGUGUCCUCCAUGUCAACCACCCGAAGCAACUUCGGCAUCGCAGUGAUCGAGGAUCUGCUCUUUGUUGUGGGUGGCUUCAAUGGCUUCACCACCUCCCAUAACGUCGAGUACUACAACGCGAUGACAGAUGAGUGGUCUGAGGCCUGUGACAUGGAGAUUUACCGCAGCGGCCUCAGCUGCUGCGUGGUGCGUGGAAUCCCCAAUAUGGCCGAGUACACUUUGCCUCGUGACGCUAGGCCACUUUCAGAAGUGGAGUUACCGGAAGAAGAAUCCACCUAAGAGUCUGUUAGAAACUGUUCACUGUUAUUUAACUAAAUGAAAGGAAGUCUCUGUCUAA